GUGUGUUGUCUUCAUAUGUUUUUUGAAUUAUGUUUUCAGGUGCGGUUUAAUUUAACUGCAUACAACAACCACGUAAUUUCUCUCUCUACUGGUUGACCUUCUGUCGUUUACGGGCUCUUGCGUGAAGGAUAGGCUACAUCGCAAUUAAGAGUGCACAACUGGCACGGAGAUGGGACUCCAAGUUCUGCUGUACUGGCCAAAUAUUAUCGGAUACGUUAGGAUCGGCCUUGUGAUUGGUGCAUGGGCUUCCCGAGGGACACCAGCACUCUUUGUCCCUCUUUACUCAACCCACAUAGCACUGGAUGGAGUGGACGGCUGGAUGGCCCGCAGGCUGGGCCAGACCUCCAGGUUUGGUGCCUGGCUGGACGUAGUGGUGGACAACCUGGGCAGAGGCAUGCUGUGGAGUCUGCUGUUUGAGUGGGGUUGGCUGGUGGCGACCGUGGAGUGGUGUGUGUUUGUGUGUAACCACAAUACCCGAGGUGACCGCUGGAAGAGCAGUUUCACCAGCAGCCCGGGAUUCAUCCGAGCCGUCAUGGCAAAUGGGUUUCGGACACCUCUCGGCACAUGGGUGGUGAGCGGGCUGCACGGCCUCCCCCUGUGGCUCUACGGGUGCCGGUGGGGAUUCCUGACCCACUGGGGUCUGCCUCCCUGGAUCCAGGCUCUGGGGAUCCUGCUGCUGGCCGCGGGCCGCCUGCUAGCUCUGUCAGCGGAGAUGUGGUGCAUAUGGACACACAUCAAACACCUCACCAAUGACGAGCAGGAGGAGAAGAAGAACUGAAAGCCACUCAGCAGUCAGCUGGAAGAAUGCUGAUGUCAUUGCAGCAGCUUUAUUUGAACACUGGCCUCAGGCCACACGUGGCCUCAUCCCAAGAAAACCAGAUUUGGAUCAGUUCCGCGUAUGCUUCCUCGUUUAUCGCAUCCUCAGCCAGUGCCUUUUCUUCCGCGCCAUCGGCAGGCCGAUUCAAAAUUGUGUCCUUCAAUUUCUGCAACCGCAGAUGGCCCAAAAACUUAGUCUCCCACAGUUCAUAAUUCUUUUCGUCUCCGUCAAACACAAGACGAGACCAACGUGAACUCGUACGUUCGCUCAUGGUGCUGGCACUCCAAUCCGCGAGACACGCAUUCAAACGUGCAUACAAACAAAUGUCUCUCGGUGGCUACUCGCGCCGGAUAUCUCUGCGCACAAACGUCAACCGCGUCUGGGCCCAUAACCUGUUCAACAGAGCUUGACUGCAAGAUGUACCGACUAAAAACAUAUAUACACUUGGGAGGACAAAUAGACUGGAUGCAAAUUCCUGAGAAUGACACUAAAUCCCUUUAUGGUCUGCAGGUGCAUCAGCUUAUAUAGACCUGGUCACAUGACACACACACCUGAAAUGCAUCAGCAAUAAUUGGGAGCACAAUCAGUUCUCAAUUAUUCAAUUAACAAAGGGGAAAGGAGCCUCAGUCAGACUUAGUGUUUUGACAGACUGAGUGUCAGCAGUCAAAUUAGAAAUAUGAAAAUGCCUGCACUAAAAAAAUUCUCUUUGUGGUAAGAGUAUUUGUGAUCGCUGUCAUUUACUUGAUGAAAUCACACCAGCCACAAAGAUGGAAUGCGGCGGGGGUCCUACGUGUACAGCUUUCCAGGGGUCUGUCACUGCCGGUCAUCUCUGAACGUAAAACACUUAAACUGCCAUUCCAAUGGAUGGCGACGUCACAGGACAGGCACAUCAUCUGUGAGGUCACAGAACAUCAAGUGUAAGAGAAGCCUAAAUACAUUCUGAACUGAGACAUCAGUGAGGAGAGACGACAGGCUGGUACAUAAUGUGGGUCUGAAAUGUGAACGUUGGUUACAGGUCUGCCAAACAGAAUCCUUUGCGUAAAUAUAAGGUUGUCAAAGUUUGACUGUGAUGUUUUUCAAUGAUAUUUUUAUUUAUUCCAGAACAAGGCAUCCCAACCGGAUGUUGAGAAAUGUGUUCCGUGUCGGUCUAACUAACAAUAUAGGUGCUUUCACAUUUGGGUUGGGCUAUGACAUUUUUUUAUAAAUCGUGAGCAGCGAUCUGUCUCUGUUCAGGGAUCAGAUCGAUGAUUGUCAAUACUGAGUUGUCUGCGAGUGAUGGAAGUUUAUUCUGUGUCCCAAUAGACUCCGCCCUCCCCCUAUUUCCCUGCCUGACAUCAGACCAGUUCACCCUGGAGGCACUGGGCGGUGUUUGUCAGGGCUCUGUGGGGGACGCGCAGAACCAUUCCUCUAUGGAGGUGUGCAGGUGGAGCAGUGAGCUCAACACCUCAGUGUCAUGUUGGAAACAUUAGAAAGAGUGUGCUCUCUCUUUGCUCCGGACCUUUUCUCUGGAAACUCAGGGAGCGUUUUUAGAGGAGAGACCCGAUGAAUGCUUCGUUUCUCAACAGCUGCAGGAAGGUCCUCCUGUUGUCUGCAAUAAAAUGCUGAAAGACAGUCCUAACAAGUGUGGUCCUCGUCUCCUGUACAAUGCCACACAUCCAGGAAGUGGACUGUUUCCACACAGUUGGUUAGGUAGAGUCUAAAAUAGUGUGUUAUGUUAUUGUGUUCCAGAUAAGAAGAUUAGUAAACAAUCAGUGCCAUUUACUGAGACCCGGAGGUCAGUGAAGGUCUCCUGUGAAGCUGUAUGCUUUUAUGCUCUCGCAGAUUCCUGUUAAAUGGAGACACCCAAGGCAACAACAAAUGUUGGUCUAUUUUCAGACUAGUGCAAAGAAAACAUAAACAAUACAUAUUUCGGCUUUGUUUAAUUGACUGUGUAGAAUUCUCCUAAAUCUACCUUCGAUAAAGCCUCAUGUGCAUAUUUAUUACAUUGUCUUCAUGUAAAUAAUAAACUUGUUUCAUUGUGAUAUAAAUAAGGUCAUAUGUAUUUACCCUGUU